CCAGUGUGCAACCCAACCCUACUUGCUGGCGCACAUUAGUGUAUACCAUUUUCACUCACUCGCCGACCAUCCAGGUCGUUGCUAAUGUACGCCGUAGUAGUUUUAAGAGUCAGAGUCUAGCCCCGUCUUUCUCUCUCCUCUCCCCCUGUUUUGCUACGUUUAACUCUCUUUCUUUCCCUUUUAUUUAUAAUAUUUUUGAGUUACAGAGAAGCCAUACAUAUAAAUAUAUAUACAGAGUUAUAGAGAGAAAAGAGUGUUAUAAUAUAAAAAGUUCCGUGGUAGAGAGAGAAAGCAGGGAGAGGGUGGGGUUUGUGGGUGUUUGGGGUACUUUCUAAACUUGCAGGUUUUUGGAGUAUCGUGUCGGGGAGUCACUCUGAUAUUGGAGGAGGGGUCUUUUAGAAAUAUAUUAUUAUAUUUUUGGGCUCUUUCUUUCUUUUCUUGUUGAGUUUUAGUGAGAGACAGAUCAAGAACGAGAAGGGUAAGACUGUAAGGUUAGAGAUCCCUUUGGUGCAUGUGUCCAUAUAUAUUAUAUAUAAGUAUAUAUCUGUCGCGCAUAUAAAGGGAGAGACUUAAGCUUCCCACCCAGCACCCUCUUCAUUUGUUUGAUAGAACCAAGGAAAGUCUUUUAGACAUAACCAGAUUCUUCUUGUGAAUCUUCAGAGCUGUAAUGGAGGUUAACAUGAGCUUCUCGCAUGAUAUGGAUGAUGAGUAUGAGAAACUCAUAAGAAGGAUGAAUCCACCCAGGGUUGUAAUUGAUAAUGAUUCUUGCAAGAACGCUACGGUGAUAAGGGUCGAUAGUGCAAAUGAACAUGGAAUACUUCUGGAAGUUGUUCAAGUACUCACAGACCUUAAUCUUAUUAUAACAAAAGCUUACAUAUCUUCUGAUGGAUGUUGGUUCAUGGAUGUUUUUAAUGUCACUGAUCAAGAUGGAAACAAGGUUACAAAUGAAGGGGUUUUGGACUAUAUACAAAAGUCACUUGGGCCGGAAUCUUGCUUUAUACCUUCUAUGAGAUCAGUUGGUGUAACACCAUCUAUGGAUCACACUGCAAUUGAGCUUACUGGAAGUGAUAGGCCAGGACUUCUUUCAGAAGUAAGCGCAGUUCUUACUCAUCUUAAGUGCAAUGUAGUGAGUGCAGAAGUCUGGACUCACAACACAAGGGCUGCAGCUGUUAUGCAUGUGACCGAUGAGGAAACGGGUUCUCCCAUUAGUGACCCAGAGAGGCUCUCUAGGAUUAAGGCAUUACUAUGCAAUGUACUCAAAGGAAGCAACAAGUCCAGGGGAGCUAAGACUGUGGUCUCACAUGGAGUGACCCACACUGAUAGAAGGCUUCACCAGAUGAUGUUUGCUGACAGGGAUUAUGAACGAUCAGAUAACAAUGGCUUGGAUGAAAAGCAAAGGCCAAAUGUCAGUGUUGUGAAUUGGUAUGACAAAGAUUAUUCUGUUGUUACGAUUCGGAGCAAAGAUAGACCAAAACUUCUCUUCGAUACAGUUUGCACUUUGACAGAUAUGAAGUACGUAGUUUUUCAUGCAAAUAUUGAUGCCGAGGGACAAGAAUGCUAUCAGGAAUACUACAUUAGGCACGUGGAUGGGUCACCUGUGAAAUCAGACGCAGAGAGGCAAAGAGUCAUACAAUGCUUAGAAGCAGCCAUCGAGAGAAGAGUAUCAGAGGGUUUGAAGCUAGAACUCUGUACAACUGACAGAGUCGGGCUGUUGUCUGAUGUUACUCGCAUCUUUCGUGAAAAUAGCCUUACCGUGACACGAGCAGAAGUGACAACUAAAGGAGGCAAAGCCAUGAAUACGUUCUAUGUUGGUGAUGCGUCAGGGUAUCCUGUUGAUUCCAAAACCAUAGAUUCCAUCCGGCAAGUGAUUGGACAAACUAUACUUAAAGUGAAAGGCAAUCCUGAUGAGUCAAAGUCUGGUUCUCAAGAAUCUCCCACCCGGUUCCUCUUUGGUGGUCUGUUCAAGUCUAGAUCUUUCGUUAACUUCGGUUUGGUUAGGUCCUACUCUUGAAAAAGAUAGAGAAACUGAUCAUAGCUAGAUCCUUUUGUACAUAAGAACCCCUUAGAUUUGCAAAAUUUGAUCAGAAAUCUAGUCCAUGUUAGUGGAUUUUAGACAUUAGGAACACGGCCAUUUCUUUUCUUAGCAAGUAAAACAUGGUUAAAAGGUGCUUCUCUGUUUUUUUUAGCUUAUUAUGUUUUAAGCCCUUUAUUUGUUAAUGACUCCAACUGAAGUUGUAGUCAUUGAAGCAAAGAAGGAAGAAGGUUUGAGUUGUAUAGUGACCAUGAAACAAUCAGUUCCACUUCAUGUAUAUAAAUUUUCUUUGCCUUCUUUAAUGUUACUAUCAUGGGUUUGUUUUCA